AUGUUUACAGUCAGCUGAUGAGUCAAAACAAUAACUGCGCGGCCAGGGACUUACUGCUGUUGCUGCACACUUAGACAUUCCUUGCAAGAUAUUUAGUCAUGGUGGAACCCAUAUUCGACUACCAGUUCCGAUUAAUACUCAUAGGAGACUCGACGGUCGGCAAAAGUUCCUUACUGAAGUAUUUUACAGACGGGAAGUUCUUUGAGAUUUCUGAUCCCACUGUUGGUGUGGAUUUCUUUGCACGACUUAUAGAGGUGUCUGAUGGUACACGAAUAAAACUGCAGCUCUGGGAUACAGCUGGCCAGGAAAGGUUUAGGUCUAUCACACGUACUUACUACCGCAACUCUGUGGGGGCUCUGGUGGUGUUUGACGUAUGCAACAAGAAGUCUCUGGAACAUGUCCCUAUGUGGAUUAUGGAGGCAAAGAGACACAUUGAACCACACAAAGCUGUCUUCAUUCUGGUUGGGACUAAGAUUGAUAUGGAAGAUGAGCGGGAGGUAAGAAGGGAGGAUGCAGCAGCAUUAGCCAAGUUCUAUAACAUCAGCUACAUUGAGACAAGCUCCAUGCGAGGUGUCAAUGUGGAGGAAGCCUUUCGCACCAUCACACAGGAAGUAUAUGAUAAGAUCCAGUCUGGAGAAUUCAGAGUAGAAGAAGGCUGGGAUGGAAUCAAAACUGGUUUCUCCCGUCCCAACCACUCCUACCCCCUGAUGGAAGCUGAGCCUGAGAAGUCUGGAUUUUGCUGUUAAUGAUGAAGCAGAUUCAUUCAUUUUGUGUGCAUGUGUGUUGAUUCUGGUGUAUAGUUUAUUAUGGAAGAAAAGGUUUGUUGUGACAGGGUAGGGAGGGAGGGAGGGAGGGAGAAAUGAGUGAGUGGGAGAAAUUUUUAGCAGUUUGCUGCAUUCGUCUUUCACCAGAUCAAUUUGAAAAUAAGAUACCAAAGGAACUCUUGUCUAGUCCUGUCCAAUACUAUGCUACUACAAAUGUGAUUUUUUUAAUGGAAUUUUUUUUAUUAAGGCCACCAUUGUUGUUGGAGACUAGUUAGAGUUUUAUGCUAUGUAAUUUAUAUGGUAAAGGCAGACUAUUGUGAUUCUGAGAUGUACCUAUAUGUUUGCUGUGGCAUGUUUCCUUUAAAGCAUAGAGGAGUUUUCAGGCUGGAAAGGUGUACUUUAAAGACAUUUAUCAUGCAUUGAAUGUAUGGUUCCAGAUUUAUCUCUUUGGUUUCUUUUCUUUGUGUGUAUAUAAUGUACAUGUAUUUAUAUACAUAUUAUAUAUAUAUUUAUACAUAUCUGUAUUACUCUUAAGAUAUCGAUAUCAUUACAAUACAUAACGCAAAUGAACCUAUUUUUGCAUGACUUUACUCUUUUUCAGAACAGCAUUUGUUGUGUACAUGAGUGCAUCUACUAAUUUUCUGGCACAAGACUUAUUAUGUGCAUUUAGCUGUUCUCCACAUGUUUAUUUUUUUAUUACGUGAACUUUGUACACCCUAUCAUUAUACAAGCUAUUCCUGUUAAUGUGACACAUUUUAUGCCUGCUUUGGAUUUUUAUAGACUUAUACACACACACACACACACACACACACACGUACGUGCACCUGUGAAAGCCUAUGUCAAGUGGUCUCAUUAAUUUAAGCACAUGCCCACAUUUAUUUUAACAUUAAAUUAAAGAUACAUUAAGUGACAAAAAUACUCACACAGAUAUAAACUGAAAUCUUUUGAAGCAUUAAGGAGGGCACAACAUUUUUCUCUCCUCAGCAUAUUUAUGACAUUUUGCAACAAAUAUAAUAUUUUCAAAUUCCAUAUUAUUUCAAGAGUUAUUUUAUCUCUCAUUUAUUUUUGGAUGCCCUGAAGAGAAAUUGUUACUGUAUUGAGUUGUGUAUUUAUUGUACUAAGUUAAAAAAUGUACAUAGAUGUUGUAAAUGUGAUGCUUGCUAUAUUGCUUGAGAGAACCCCUAAAAGAUAUUGUAUGACCCUAAUCCCUACCCCGGUAGUGCAUCCACAUUUGUAGGCACUUGAAUGCUAUGGUUGUGUAGACCGUCCUCAAACAGCUGACUGUCCUUGCAUCCUCCCAAACAAUCAAUCCCAUCAGUAGUACUUUUUCGACUCCAGUACCUUAACUUUUACAUCAUAUUGUCAUCAUCUCAGUGCACACAAUAUCAGACUGCAAAGAGCUGCCUUCACAACCCACUUCCUUCUACCUCAUUUAUGACUAUCACUAUAUAUGCACUACUAUUUCAUCCAAGUUUUGAUUACCUUCAUCAUUACAUGAAGUCUUCUGCUUCCCUCCCCAUCACUUUAGUUUCUUGGUUCCAGACCAGUACUUCAUUAAUUGUUAUCCAAAAGGCUUAUUUCUGUACCUCCUAGUUACUCUUCCACAUCAUUAACUGCCACCAUCCAGACUCCAUCUUAUCAUGCUUUAUAGUAAUGCUAGAUUUAAUGCUAAACCCAUUCAAUUUAUUCUGAGGAGUUGCUCAUUCUUUUUGUAUGUAAGGAGUUGAAAACUGACAAGAAACUGACAAGUGUGGGCUAUGGACAGGUAUUAACAGUUGGGACAGAAAAUCAAGUUUUGUAAAUAAGUAAAUAAAGGUUUCAUUAUCCUUGUGCUUGAAGUGUUGAGUGAGAUCUUUUUUAGCAUUGAAAUUUUACACACAGAAUAUUAUGUAACAUAUAUUUUGUAAGGCAUUUCCCUAAUCCCAAAAUGUGUCCAGCAUGUGCUGAUUACUGUAGCACCCAAUCACCCUACCUACCAGCACAGUGCUAUUGUAUGCAAUUUCAAUCUAUCUUAGAAUUUGAUACAAGGAUGUGUGAUUCUAAUAAUAAAAAGCUUGAGUUUUAA